AGACCGGUCGGCGCACGUCCCAUGCCACAUGGACUCGCCUUUGUCGGGGGCCGCCUUUCUCGUCAGGCCGCGACGACAGGGCUGUGCCUUAUUUGUCUCUGUCGAGAGCAGUGCCGGGAACGGAGUUGGCGUUCUAUAAGGCCUUGCUGAAUAAAUGACGGGCGUGUGUGUCAUUCAUUCAGCAAGGACUGAGUGAGUGCUUACUAUUGUGUCACCGGGAUCGAUGUGGAGGGACAUUUUUAGGAUCUAUUUCUGGCGCUUUAGUCCUGUUUUCUCCUGGACAAUAUUCUUGCCCCGCACCCCAUCGGGCGAUUCUCCGCUGUCUUUGGGCUUUGUCCCUUUUUUUUUGGAAGUUGCAGAGUGAUGAUAAAUGAUUUUCUUUGCUCUUAUUGACUGCUAGGCCCUGUGGCUAGGUACCAUAGACCUACACAGGAGUAAAUCAGCCUGGUAUGCAGGCCAGAGACCGGUGGGGAGGCAGACACACAAACAGAAAAUUGGGCUACAGUGCUAAGAUGCUGUAAGAAGAGGUUAACUAAAGGACAGGAAGGUGGGGCCAAUAGGUGGAGCUGCUGUGUACAUCAGAGAUUGUCUUUCAAGGCGAGGGGCCUCCCAUCUCAAGAUGUGAUACAGGGACCAUGGCCAACUGUGAGCGUACCUUCAUUGCGAUCAAACCAGAUGGGGUCCAGCGGGGUCUUGUCGGAGAGAUUAUCAAGCGUUUUGAGCAGAAAGGAUUCCGCCUUGUUGGUCUGAAAUUCAUGCAAGCCUCUGAAGACCUUCUCAAGGAACACUACAUUGACCUGAAGGACCGUCCGUUCUUUGCCGGCCUGGUGAAAUACAUGCACUCAGGGCCGGUAGUUGCCAUGGUCUGGGAGGGGCUGAAUGUGGUGAAGACAGGCCGAGUCAUGCUCGGGGAGACCAACCCUGCGGACUCCAAGCCUGGGACCAUCCGUGGCGACUUCUGCAUACAAGUUGGCAGGAACAUUAUACAUGGCAGUGAUUCCGUGGAGAGUGCAGAGAAGGAGAUCGGCUUGUGGUUUCACCCUGAGGAACUGGUAGAUUACAUGAGCUGUGCUCAGAACUGGAUCUAUGAAUGACAGGAGAGCAGGCCACAAUGCUUUCACAUCCAUUUCUCCUCCUUCCCACGGGCAGAGGACCAGGCCCUAGGAAAUCUAGUUAUUUAAAGGAACUUCGUCAUAAUUUGGAAGGAAGUUCUUGGAGCUGUGAGUGCUCCCUGUACAGUGUUACCAUCCCCUACCAUCUGAUUAAAAUGCUUCCUCCCAACUUAGGAUUCAUUGAGUUGGUUACUUUG